AUGAAUUGGUUCUUCAUAACAGGAACUAUUGUUCAUUUAGUAGCAAGUAAUGCACCUUUUAUAAAAUGGAUUAUAUUGAGGUACAUCAGGAGUGAUCUCUCAGACAUACAAGAUUUGAUCUUUGAGUUGUUUUCAAAUACGUGCGAAUGCAUUGCACUCUAUGAAUACAUACUACUGAUUCUAUACUUGCGGUGGAUGGUGUACAUCAUAAAUGGACAAAUCCCGAAAAAACAUUCAACCAUAAGUACCUUCAGAGAUAUGUAUUUGGAACUUAUAGAAUGCUUGAACGAUAUCAAUAAAUCAAUAUACGGUGUGUCGAUUUUAUUGAGUUUUAUUGGGGCAAACGUCAGUCAAGUGUUGCUUAUAUUGUACUAUCACGUAUUUUUUCCUGAUUCCUGGAAAAUAAGUGGUGUAACACUAAUGACAAUAAUAUCAACAAGACUAUUUAAUAUUAUACUAUUAUAUGGAAUUGGUGAUGCCACAGAAAAAGAGAUAAAUCGAAUGACUCUCGUCUUAAACCAACGGUCCAUGAUAGAAAGAAACCCAAGAAUAAAACGUCAGAUAAAGUUUUUUAUCCUACGAAGAUUGCACGAACACUUUCAUUUUAAGGUGUAUGGAGUAUGUGGACUUAAUCUAAGAGAAUUACUUAUUUUAUUUAAUAGAGCAAUUGGUUACUUAGUAAUGCAAAUUUUAUUGAAAUUGAAUAAAAAUUAA